AUGGACCUCCACGACGAAGGCGCCGACGCCUGGGGUGACGUCCCGUCCUCGACUCAAGAGGUGCCCCAGAUCACCACCGACCAACCCGCCGCCGGUGAGCCCACCUCCCACCCUCCGCGCCCCUCUCGAUUGCGUCCCGUAGCUCACAUUGCGCUAUUCCUAGACGAUGCCCCUCCCGCCGUUGCCCAGCCCGCCCCGGCUGCGGCCGCGCCCAGCGCGUCGACUGCCCCCAGGUCGCCCGGCAGGCCCAAGCCCAACCGCCGCAUCGGCGUCCCGCAGCCCACGCGUCUCGAGAGCGUCGAUGACCCCCUCGGCCCCCUAGGAGCCCCCGCCGACUCCCUCGGGGACUCCCAGGUCGAUGAGCCCCCUGCGCCGCCGCAGAAGGAGCUCGCCGCUGGCCGCGGCUCGCGCCCCACGACGGCCACGUCGCAGUCGUCCAUUCGCGGGAUGAUGGAGUCCGUGAAUCUGGACGACAGCCUCGAGAGCCCGACCAUGGCCGGGGCUAGGGUUCCGCCUCCGGUGCAACCCCCGAACAACAAUGGGCCCCCGAGACAGAAGCAGCCCAGCGUGAGCGUCGAGCAGGCUGCCAAGCCUACCUUCCACAUCACCGUCGGGGACCCGCACAAGGUCGGCGAUCUGACCAGCUCUCAUACGGAAUACCAAGUCAGGACUGUGACCACCUCGAAGGCUUACCGGAACCCUGAAUUCUCCGUCUCCCGUCGUUACCGCGAUUUCCUGUGGCUGUACAAUCAGCUCCAUAACAACAGCCCCGGCGUAGUCAUCCCUCCACCUCCGGAGAAGCAAGCCGUGGGCCGUUUCGAUGCGGACUUUGUCGAAUCGAGAAGGCAGGCAUUGGAGCGUAUGCUCAACAAGUGCGCUGCGCAUCCGAUCCUGCAGCAUGAUGGUGAUCUGAAGCUGUUCCUUGAGAGUGAGGCGUUCAAUGUCGACAUCAAGCACAAGGAGCGGAAAGAUCCCCUGCUGCAGGAAAACAAGGGCAUGCUGGGUUCCUUUGGUCUGUCCGUGAGCACCACUGGAAAGUUCAUCGAGCAUGAUGAUUGGUUCCAUGAUCGCAAGGUCUAUCUUGAUGCACUCGAGUCACAACUGAAGGCACUUCUUAAAGCUAUUGAUACCGUUGUCGACCAGCGCAAGGGUCUCGCAGCAGCAUGUGGUGAUUUCUCCGCAUCUCUCCAUUCCUUGGCUACUGUCGAGUUAUCACCUUCCCUUUCGGGACCUUUGGACGGCCUUUCGGACCUACAGCUUCGCAUCCGAGAACUCUACGAGCGCCAAGCCCAGCAGGAUGUGCUCACUAUCGGCAUCGUGAUUGACGAAUAUAUCCGGUUGGUGGGCUCUGUGAAGAUGGCAUUCCAGCAACGGCAGAAGGCUUAUCACGCGUGGCACACCGCGGAGUCGGAAUUGCAGAAGCGCAAGGCCACUCAGGAUAAGCUUCUGCGACAAGGCCGAAGCCAGCAGGAUCGUUUGAACCAACUUAGUGCCGAUGUGGCGGAUGCAGAACGGAAAUCCAACCAGGCGCGUCUGCUGUUUGAGGAUAUGGGUCGCCUGAUGCGAAAUGAGCUCGACAAAUUUGAAAAGGAGAAGGUCGAGGACUUCAAGAGCGGAGUUGAGACGUACCUGGAGAGUGCUGUGGAGGCGCAGAAGGAGUUGAUCGAAAUUUGGGAGACAUUCCUCAUGCAGAUGGACGCCGAGGACGAGGAUGCUCCGUUUGGUGCCACCAGCCCCCCGGCUGGUGUCAAGGCUGCGGAUUUGGAGACAAGCACCAGCAACAUCAGCGACAGGCCUCUAACGGCGCAGAGCCAGGAUACCCAACAAAGCAGCGAAACCGAAAACAACCGACCUGACACGGCGGAGUCGGAGUGA